CCGCCCUCUGGCCCGAGGGGUCCGAGCUCCCCGAGGCCGCGCCGCGGGGCCCGCAGGCACGCUGGCGGCCAGGGGGGGGCCUGCCCGACAGGCGCAGAGAGCGGACGCGCGGGCCCCUUCGGCCCAAGGAGGGCGGACGCGACCACGGCGGACCCGGAGCAGGCCCUCGCAGACCUGCGCGCGGCGCUGGCGGCGGAGGAUGUGGAUCCCGUGGUGCUGGGCGCGGCCGUGACGGCGGCCACGAAGGCCUCGGUAGACAAGGAGGAGAUCGCGGCGGCGAAGCGCGUUCUCUUCCAGCUCCAGAAGGAGAAGCGCGAGCAGGCGAAGCGGGAGCGCGCCCACCGGGAGGCGCUCGAGGCCCUGUCCGCGGCGCAGCGGGGCGACGACGCGGCAGCGCUGCAGGAGGCGCUCUCUCGCGCCGAUGGCGCCGGCUGCGGCGCCGAGGAGACGGCAGAGGCGAGGCUGCGGCUGGAGGAGCUGCAGAAGGCGGAGAAGGAGGACAUCAUACGGUAUGCCCUGGAGGACUUCGAGUACGCCGUCGGGCAGGACGACGUGGAGAACGCGACGCUCGCGCUGCAGGACGCGAUGGACCAGGGCGCAGAUCCGGAGGAGGUGAAGAAGCACCAGGACACGCUGCGGGCGCUGAGAGAGCGGCUGGACCCCGAGGGGGAGGCCAAGGCGCGGCGGCUGGCAGCCCGCAAGGACAAGGGCGCGCGCAAGUGGAACUACAGCGGCCAGACCGACAACAAGCUCAUGGUGAACGACCGCUUCCGCGAGCACGAGGAGGAGCUGCAGAGACGGCGGAUGCUCGCAUACAAAGGCAGGGGCAGAUUCAGGGACGCGGCGGAGGACGCGGGCGACGACGCGGCGGACAAGGAGGUGCGCAAGCAGCGCGCGGAGACCAACAAGGAGUUGGGGUACGUGGCCCCGCCGCCGAAGCCCGAGGUAGCCCGCCGGGGCUUCAGCUACGGCCGGUCGCCCCGGGAGGAGGACGAGCCGCCACGGACGACGCUGACGAUGCGCGCGCACCGCGAGAUGGGCGCGGGCGUGGACCUGCACGCCAGCUGGUGGGGCAUGGUGGUGGAUGUCAUAGACGACGAGCCCGGACAGCCGGGGCUGAGGCUCCAGGACACGAUCGUGGAGGUCAGCGGGACGUCGCUGCGGGAGCUUGAGCCGGAGGAUUGCGAGCAGCGGUUUGCGGACAUCUUCGGCGACGGCUCCGUCGCGACGGUGGAGCCCCACGUGCAGUUGCCUGGCAGUCUCAACGCCGAGGGUGUCGAGGUGGACCGUGAUUCCUUGCGGGCCGACUCGGAGCGCUUUGCGGCCGACUGGGGCGUCGAGGUGACCGUGGAGGAGGCUGGCAGCGGCGGCCACUUUAAGAUCUUGCUCGAGGGCCCCCAGUCGGCAGUGAAGGCGGCCAAGGAAGAUCUUCGAAAGAUGAUGUCGUUCUACGCGGGCGAGGGCUGA